AUGAUCCCUCUGUCUCGAACUCAGCUUGCCUUGUUUUUUAUUCUCCUGUGUCCGGUGAACAUUAUCGGCUUGUGGUGGGCCGUGGGCAGCCCCUUGGUCAUGGACCCCAACAGCAUCUGCCGGAAGACCAAGCGGCUGGCGGGCAAGCAGGCGGAGCUAUGCCAGAGCCAGCCCGAGAUCGUCAACGAGGUCGCCAAGGGCGCCAAGCUGGGGGUGCGGGAGUGCCAGUACCAGUUCCGCUUCCGCCGCUGGAACUGUACCAGUCAGAACAAGUACUUCGGCAAAAUACUGCAGCAAGACAUCCGGGAGACGGCGUUCGUGUACGCCAUCACGGCGGCGGGCGUGACGCACACGGUGACCCAGGCCUGCAGCAUGGGCGAGCUACUGCAGUGCGGGUGCGAGGCCACCCGGAGCCGCGCCCCGCCCCGGCCCACCACCGGCACCGGCACCGAGAGUGUCAAGUGGGAGUGGGGCGGCUGCGGCGACGACGUGGAGUUCGGCUACGAGAAGUCCAAGCAGUUCAUGGACGCCAAGAGGAAGAAGGGCAAGAGCGACAUCCGGACGCUGAUCGACCUGCACAACAACGAGGCGGGAAGACUGGCAGUGAGGAAUUAUAUGAGGACUGAGUGUAAAUGUCACGGGCUGUCUGGAUCCUGCACGCUGCGGACCUGCUGGAAAAAGAUGCCUCACUUUCGCGAGGUGGGGGAUCGCCUGCUUGAGAGGUUUAACGGAGCCUUCAAGGUGAUGGGAGGCAACGACGGCAAGACGCUCAUCCCCGUGGGGCAGAACAUCAAGCCGCCAGACAAGCAGGAUCUGAUCUACUCCGCCGAGUCGCCCGACUUCUGUCUGCCCAACAGGAAGACGGGGUCGCUGGGCACGCGAGGCCGCGUAUGCAACAGCACCGCCAUGGACGUGAGCGGCUGCGACCUGCUGUGCUGUGAGCGCGGCUACAGGGACGAGACCGUGGUGUUCGAGGAGAACUGCCUCUGCAGGUUCCACUGGUGCUGCGUGGUGCAGUGCAAGAAGUGCUCCGUCAGGAAGGAGCUCAGCCUCUGCUCCUAG